AUUCCAUUUUCAGUUUGACUUCCGCUAGCUAUAGCAGCCCCGACUCCUGUGUCUGCGUUAGUUCAUUCAUCGACUUUAGUAACUGCGGGGGUAUACUUAUUAAUUCGUUUUAAUAAAUUUUUAAUAAUUUCUGAUAUUAGGUUUAUUUUAAUGUUUUUAUCUGUAAUUACUAUGUUUAUAUCAGGAAUUAUAGCUAAUUUUGAGAAUGACUUUAAAAAAAUUAUUGCUUUAUCUACUUUGAGACAAUUGGGGUUUAUAAUGAUAAUUUUAAGAUUAGGAUAUAGGGUAUUAGCUUAUUAUCAUUUAUUGGUUCACGCUAUUUUUAAGUCUAUAUUAUUUAUAUCUGCAGGAAUUGUAAUUCAUAUAAUAAAAAGUAGACAGGAUAUUCGAUUAUUAGGAAAUUUAAAUGAGAUAUUUCCAUUUGUGAUAAUAAGAAUAAUAAUUUCUAAUAUGGCAUUAAUGGGAGUUCCAUUUAUAUCAGGAUUUUAUAGAAAAGAUUUAAUUAUAGAGAUUAUUUAUAUGGAAAAUGGAGUUAAUGUAUUUAUA